AUGCCUCCUCGUAAAACAUCUCAAUCUAAAGGGCACAUGAUGUCUCAUGCAGAUCCUGGUCGUGUUGAGUGCACCUGGUGCACAAACAUGUACCUUCCUCGCGGAAUUGGAGCUCAUGAACGACGAUGCGCACUCAAUCCAGCCAAUUCAAACCGUCACGCACCGGAAAUCGACACGGAAUUUGUUGCUCUUGCUGAGCAAGAGGGCAGAAAUGGAAAGAUGUUGAUGAUGCUAUCCGAAUUGCUCAACAACAACAUCCAAACAACUAUCACAAGGCCGGUAUAUUACCAGAAGUACCCAACUUUCCGAAUAUAUUCUCCGAAGGAUUCUGAAUUAGACGUCAAUUUUGAGCAAGCUCGCAGCACUGACACUCCCCAAUUUCAAGACAUACACAUUAAGUAUCACCCAAGCUCCCAAAUGCCAGAUGCAAAUUAUACUUUUGACGAAUACUGCGAGCUUGAAAGCGAAGGCAACUCACCAUUAAACUCGGUCAAUGUGGACCAGAGGCCUUGGCGCCCGUUCCGUACACGUCUUGACUUCGAGUUUGCAGAGAUAUUUCUUAGCGCCCAUCUGAGCCAUAAUCAGUUAGAGGUGCUUAUCGCUCUAAUUCAUCAAGCCAUCGCAUCACCGAAUGAAUUCACACUGAAAAAUGAUGCCGAUUUAACUCAAAUAUGGACUUUUGCACGGGAAACCCGUGCACAGGGAUUUAUCAAGACUCCCAUUUCGGUCGAUUACAAGGGUGAAAGCCUUACCUACAAUGUGUGGUACCGUCCCCUAUGGGAAUGGUGCCGUGAACUUCUUUUGGAUCCAGCACUUGUCCGAAGGUUUCACUGGAAUGCAGAACAGUUGUUCAUGUAUAAAGGAGAGAGGUUUGAGCGGAUAAUUGAUGAGCCGUGGACUGCGAACACUUGGUGGGACAUCCAGUCACGGCCAGACAUUCCAAAUGACGCUAGUGUAAUGUUCAUCAAUCCUUGGGCAGAUAAAUCCCAAUUAUCAUCCUUUGGAACAGUCAAAGGCUAUCCUGUCAUGGUACGAUGUGCAAACCUUCCUGUUGAUAUUCGGAAUGGAACUGGAGUUGGAGGAGGUCGACUUAUUGGCUGGUUACCCAUUCCAGACGAGGAUUCUGCCCAUACUCACAAAGCCAGCUACGUUGACCUUAAACGGUUAAUUUGGCAUAAGGCCGUACACAAAAUUCUACAGUCAAUUGAAGCGCCAGCAACCUUUGGAGCUGCAAUCAAGUGUGGUGAUGGAAAGACUCGAAAUAUCUUUCCUCAUAUUCUCUCAAUAUCUGCUGACUACGAAGAACAGACAAUGAUGGCAUUGACACGAGGUCGAACAGGACUGUUUCCUUGCCCAAUUUGUUUAGUUCCAAAUUCCGAGCUUUCCAACCUUUCAACUGUGUAUCCUCGACGCACAACCUCUCAAAUGCGUCAAAUUUACAUUCAUUCCCAAAGUUUAAAUGCAACAGAGAGCGAAGAUCUGCUUAAAUCAUAUGGGAUUACAGAUGUUAUGAAUGUAUUCUGGGAUAUAAACCGAACCGAUAUAUACAAAGCACUCUCCUUUGAUGUGCUACAUGCUUAUGAUGGGGGACUAUUCAAAUCACAUAUGUUGGUGGAGCUAAAAGCAGUGCUUAGAGAUCUAGGUAGAGAUGCUGAGGUUGGUGUAGAUCUUGGUCUGCAAAGUAUUCCCCCAUGGCCUGCACUCAACCACUUUGAUGCACUAAAUAAAACCGGAGAAAUGUCUGAUGGACGAAAGUUUGAACACCUAUCCAAGGUUAUCAUUUUUGCUGCUCAACAUGUGCUGACUGCUGAAGCUUCUCCACGUGGAUACUUACUACUACGGCUAAUUCGGAGCUACCUAAACCUUCGAAUGUUUGCUUCACUAACUCUGCAAACGGAAACAACAAUCAGUAAUGGCCGGAAAUAUCUUGAAAUAUUCAACAAAACUCUUCAGUUGUAUGCAUCUGAAAGUCCAGAGAAGUCUUGGAAUUUUCCCAAGACACACACGCACCAGCAUAUAUUUGACGACAUUCUUAAUAAAGGCGUAACUCGCAACUAUAAUACAAAGCCAUAUGAGAAGGCAAACGGACCAUUGAAAAAGUUCUAUCAGAAUCAUACCAAUUUCAAGAAUGUAGCACCACAAAUUCUCCAAGUCAAUGAAAUGGAUCUUGUGUCAAAUAUUGUACGUGAUGGAAUAGACUUACUCGAUGUUUCUGUGGAGAAAAAUAUAGAAGAUGCAGAAGAACGAGACGGCCUAGACCUGCCAGCAAAAUCUAAGCCUGGAAAUGACCAUAUACAUCUUGGAUCAAAGCUUCCUACCAUUACAUUGUCUGAACUUGAGCUGGAAACUAUCCACUCACAAGACACUGCAUUUAAUUUAUUCCGACGAAGGCUGGGUCAAUCACUCUCACAAACCGUUGGAAGUAGAGUUUUGUUGAGUACAGAUCAUCCAAUCACACCCUAUCAGUCUAUUGAGGUAUUCUAUGAAUCACUCAUUGACUGGCGGGUAGAAAGCAAUAUACUCCGAACAAAUCCCAAAUUCCAUCAUAAAGAAAGAUAUGACUUUGCCCUUAUCAAGGUUGAUCAAAAGCAAUGCAUUUUUGUGCAGCUUUUGUAUCUAUUUGGUAUCGAGCUACAUAAUCAAACAUAUUAUAUGGCACUAGCCUUGCCUAUGGAUGUCCCCCGAUCCUUAUUGGCUCGCCGACGCGACAUAGACUUGGGAUUAAUCAGGGUUCGGUCUCGGCCAAGAUCAUCAGCUGUUUUCAUACAUGCUGAUACAAUCAUUCGGGGUGCACUUUUAUCCAAAAAUCACAGCACGGAUGUCACUGGAUCAGAAUUUUUGGUCAACGAUCUCAUUGAUCAGGAUAUGUGGGAACGCUUAAAUCCAGAUUUAGGUCAUGUAGAAUUGAUUAAUCAUGCAAAUGUGUAA